UAUAGCCGCCGAGCUGGAGGUUUUAUAGUCCAACUGACCCAACAACAACAACAGCGGCGGCGACCUUCUUGAUAUAAGACUAGUAACUAGCGGCGGGCUCGCCUUAGUACCGGGCCGGUAGUUCAACCGUUCGUACACGCGAGCCGCAACCAAGUUCAGUUCUUUCUACUUUAAGGGUACAGUGAACUACGGGGGACCGAUUGUAAUAGCAAGGAUCUUGUUUUUUUGUGGGGGGAAAACCGUCAAGAUCAAGUGCAGCAGCAUGGCGCAAGUGUUGCAGAAGCUGUACCAAGGAUUUAACUUUUUGCUGGUGGAGCGUCAUGAUGCUCGCAGUCGCGACCUUCCACUGAUCGAUUCAACCUGGCAAGUUCCGGCCAUCAUUGGGUUGUACCUGAUAGCGGUGCUCAAAGUAGGACCCCGCUUCAUGGAGAACCGGAAGCCGUACGAUCUGAAGAAUGUGAUCCGCCUGUACAACAUCGCCCAGGUCGUGCUGAACAGUGCCUUCUUCCUUGCGGAGAUCUACUGCCUCUGGAUCCGUCCCAACUUCAACUACGUGUGCCAACCGGUUGACUUUUCCGCCACGAACCGAGGCUACGAGGAGCUGGCCCUGUCCUACGCGUACUUCCUGCUCAAGAUUCUGGAUCUGGCCGACACGCUGUUUUUCGUGCUGCGCAAGAAGCAGAGCCACGUGUCCUUCCUGCACGUGUACCACCACGCCAUCAUGGUCGCGAUGACCUAUUUGGGAGUGCUGUUUGUGCCUGGAGGCCACAUCUACCUGCUCGGACUGUGGAACACGCUGGUGCAUGCCGUCAUGUACUUUUACUACUAUCUGGCCUCGUACGGUUCCCAGUGGGCGGCUCGGUUCAAGGUUUACCUAACCCGGAUGCAGCUGGUGCAGUUUGUCCACCUGGGAAUCCACUUUGGCCGGCCGGCACUGCAAGCGAUCGACUGCGGCUUCCCCAUGAUUUGGCACUGGAUUGGCUUCGGGCAGGCCCUGCUCAUCCUGGGAAUGUUUGUGGACUUUUACAUCAAAUCGUACGGGGGAGGCAAGCACAAAAAGUCGGCGUAAAAAGGAGCCCCAGUUAGAGUAAAUUAAGUUAAGCGCCAGUCAACAGAAAACGUUACGCAAAGAUACGAUUAGUCAAUUGUCGUCCCAGCUUAGAGUUUCCUUUUCAAUUGGUGAAUUUUUUGUACAUUUUAGAUUUAGCUAAUUGAAGGAUGGAACGAAAAAUUACUUUUUCUGUAGAAGAGGUAGGUAUUUUAUAAAGAAGCAAAUACUUUUUCUCGCAUUGCAUACUAAAUGGAAUCAAAUGAUCAAUUCUGUGAAUUGUCAUCAAAGUAUUCAUCACAAAAGUAAGUGCGUUCUUAUCAGCUAUAGCAUAACAAAUGAAUGAGUGAAUGAAUGAAACAAUCGGUUAAUGUGGUGAAAGAUGUAGACUCUAGUUUAAUUUGUGUACUUGCUCCGGUAAAUAUAUGUAAGACGAA